UGUGUGUGUGUGUGUGUGUCGACGACGACGACGACUUGGAAGGUUUGAACUGUCUCGCAGAAACCUCUUGCGUUUCCUGAAGGGAACAAAUGGCUUCUUCUCAGACAUGUUAUUUAACCUAACAUCUUAAAUUACAGAAUUAGGAGAGCCAAUAGGACAAAGAGGAUACCUUUAUAGAAAAUAAGACAUAUAUUGAUUGAGUGUUUGUUACACACGCCAUUGCUCCGUCUCGUGCACGUAUUGCUCAGACUGCUGCGCGCUCGCGCUAAUCACAUUCGUCUAGCAAGUCUGAAGAUACUGUGUGUGCAAGGAUGUCUAAGCCCCCGAAUUCUGCAUCUCAUUCCCAGUCCAGAUCAAGGUCCCGGUCUAGAUCAAGGUCUUACACUCGGUCUCAUUCGAGGAGCCGCUCUCGGUCAAGGUCCAGGAAGCGUCGCUACAGUUCCAGAUCAAGAUCCCGUUCACAUAGCAAGGAGAGGAACUACUCUACCAGAGAUUUUCAGGGCAAUCGCGGAUAUAAUCGUGGUUUCCGUGGCUACCGGAGGCCGUUCCAGUACAACCGGGGCAGAGGGCGUGGCUACUUCCCGCGAGGCAACUAUCACAGAGGUGGUGGCACCUAUGGUUACCGUUCCAACAACUGGCAUGGCCAUAGAGACCAGCAGCAGCCAUACGACCAUUCUUACAGUCCCAGGAGGGGGCGCUCUCGGUCCCACUCGCCCCGUAAGCGCACAAGAAGUAGAAGCAGAUCGCGCCAUUCUGACAGAUCGUCCUCUGGGCAUUCCAGACGCUCAAGCUCCUCCUCCCACUCCUCUUCUCCACGACGACGCAACUCUAGCGCCGGAAGAAUCCAUUCAAAAGAUGCCAAGGGAAGGAUCUCACCUGGCGAGAGUAAGGGAUCCACCAAGGAAGCAUCCAAGCCUGCGGGAAGUACCCCUGACGAAUCUGCCAGUAAAUGGGAAGGCCUGAGCGAUUAUGAUGGCAGCCCCAAACGCUCGGGCAGUGCAAUAUCUACCGGCGGUCAGUCAGAGGCUAAAGUGUCCCUUUCUGGAGGUGCUGGCAAUGGUGGUUCACUGUGGCGGAGCAUCGGUCCUGCCAACAAAAGCCCGCCGGCAAAGGAGUCAACUUCAACUAGCUUUGGCUUCUUUUCCAAGGAAGAAACGAAGGCAGAGGACAAGUCCGCCUCCAUCUCGACUGCUUUCAAAAAGUUUUUGGCAGAAAAGAAAAAGCCCUCGUCAGACAGGGAUAAUGGCAGGGAUGAAGCUUUAUCCACGGGAGACGCUGACAAUGAAAAGAGCAGCGUUAAAUCUAGAGGCAUUUUCGACACAACGGAUUCUGGCUAUGAUGGCUCAAAGACUGAUAAAGGACUUCCUUUUCUCGACCUUGAGGAGGAGGAGUACCGCCAGGAAAUGAAAGAUAGGAAGAAUGAGGAAGAGUCCAAGUAUAAAGACAAAGUCCCCCUCUCAUUGCGAGACUUUAGCGAGGAGCGUUUCGGCAAAUGGGACGACUCUGUCUAUCUCUCCAACAAAGCUUCGUCACGGAGGGAUGAAGACGUCGAGGAGGAACUGGAUGUGGAACUUUACCGCAGUCGGAAGCACGCGACAAGGAAGGAAGAGAAGGCCGCCAAGAAGAAAGAAAAGAAAAAGAGCAGGAUAAGUCCGUCCUCUCUGUCACCCUCUAAAGGCAGGCCAGUGUUCCCAGCUGGAAGAGAGUCCUCACCCCCAGCUAAAUCCUCAGUGAAGAGAGAACCAAAGUUUAAUUUCAGUGUAAAAGCAUUUACUGAUGAAGGAGAGAGCUCAUCAGGUGCAUUAGGUAAAGAAAGACAUUUAUCACGGGAUCUCGUGCACCCUGGUAAAAAAGAUCACGAGGAGUUUCGCUCAAUCUUCCAACAUAUUCAGGCUGCUCAGAUUCGCAGGAGCCCUUCAGAGCUAUUUGCUCAACACAUAGUCACCAUAGUACAUCAUAUUAAAGCUCAACAUUUCCAGUCAUCUGGGAUGACUCUGAAUGAGCGAUUUGGAUUAUACCAAAGAAAAGCGGCAGAGAUGGAAAUGACGAAGCCAAAGAAGAGUCCUGAGAUCCACAGGAGAAUCGAUGUGUCUCCCAGUGCUUUUAAGAAGCACUCUCACCUGUUUGAGGAUUUCGAAGAGAGCGGCUACAAGGAUCAUGGUAAAAAGCAUGAAGGUGAUUCAUUGGACCUUCGAUUGGAUAUUGAGCGCCGUAAAAAGGACCCUAAACGAGACGGGGGAAAGAGUUCAGCUGGGUCACGGACGCCUAGCCAUGAGCUCUCCCCUGACAGAUCCUCCAAACACAAGAAGUCAAAGAAAAGCAAGAAGAAACGAGAGCGCUCUCCUUCCUCUUCCUCCUCUUCAUCUUCCUCUCCCUCCCCUCGUUUGUACAGAGGGAGGGAGUUCCAUGGGGAGGAGUUUAUGGAGGGAGGAGGGGGGUUUAAUAAGGCUCGUCUGGGGUCCAGGGAGUAUCUCGGGCCCGUGGAGCGCGGCGGCCCUCGGGACUAUGAGGGUCAUAUGGACAGGGGUUAUGAGAGGGGCAGAGGAGGUUACGAUCGAGGAGGAUACGACAGGGGUCGAGGGGGUUAUGACAGAGGAUUUCCUAGAAUGAGAGGUAGAGGAUGGAAUAGAGGAAAUUUCCCUGGCAACAACCCCAACAAUAACCCUCAGAAUAUGGCCGCCCCCCCACGCCCCCAAGAUGAGGAGUGGGACCCUGAAUACACCCCCAAGAGUCGGAAGUACUUCCAGCAUGACGAUCGGGACAAGGAAGGUGAAUUGAAGUGGUUGGAAACUCGUGGGCGAGGCAGAGGAAAUUUCCCACGCGGCAGAGGCACUUUCAUGAUUCGCAAGAGUGGCGGCAGCCCCAAAUGGACCCACGACAAGUUCCAGUGUAACGCUGAGCAGGGAGACAUGGGAGAUGGCAUCACAGAGCACAUCCUCAAAGAUGACGACAAGUCAGGGGAAAACACUACUUCCAAGCCAUAGAUUAUGAAUAAACCGAUAGUUCACCCAAAAAUGAAAGAUUUUUUUAUUCAUGCACAUUAUUGUUCCAAACCUGCACGACUUUCUUUAAUUCCAUGAGAGAGAGAAAAUAAGAUGCAAUGAAUGCGAAUGGUGACGGAGACUAACAUUCUGCCUAACAUCUUGUUUUGUGUUCCACGGAAGAAAGUCAUUCAGGUUUGGAACAGUAUGAGGAUAAUUAAUGACAGAAUUUUCAUUUUUGGGUAAACAUGCCGUCUGUUUACUCAUCCUGUCUCUCGACAACUGUAGUUCAACAGCAGCUAGCGCAAAGUGAAGCACCCUGAGAAAUGUGUCCCUGAUGCCCCAUAAAGCUGAUGUGGGUUAUAUAAUCCUUCUCACAUUCUAUAAUUUACAAUGGGAAACGGCUUCUGUUUCUUUUUUCUCAUCAUCUCUGAUGUUAUUUUGUAAUUGAUCCUGUAAAGAGAAGGUACCCUGCAAAGAAUGCCUCUGUACAAAUAUGUUGUUUGUGGUCCGUACAGAUGCAUAUGUUUUUUUGUGUGUGUGUUUUUAAGUGCAAUAGAAAAAUCAAUGCACCUGUGCCUUAGAUUUAACUGCAGUUUUACUGUUAGUUUUUUUUUUUUUUUUUUACUUUUUUUAUUAAUAUUUUGCUGAGAGAUUGCCCCCCUUUUAUUGCAUGUAAAUUAUAAUUUUUCCCCCUUUUAUUUGACAGUCUCAUUGGUCUAGGUUUUAGUGCAUCAUUGGAGCGUAUCCUUAUUUGGACCAAUCCACUGUACACUGGAGGUCUAACGUUUGGAUGCCGAAAGGGCAUAGUAAAAUGGGUUCCCUUUCAUAUGCGACAUCCAAUUUAAAUUAGUUUAUUUUCUGCCCAUAAAUGACAACUUCAAAUGCAAAGAAAAAAAAGAGAGAAAAAGGUGUCUGAUUCUAAGGAAAUAAAAUAAUUUGUUAUAAUUUUUAGAUCAGUAUUCAUCUGAUUUUAAAGUAAGAACAUGCAAGCAGCUGCAUGGAAUGUGCAUUUAAACAAAACCUAUGAACCUACAUGUAUAAUAGUUAUCACCUGCAUGUCUUUAGAUCAGACCGUGGUGCAUUUACAAACAUUUGACGAGAAACUCAUUAACAUUUGUGUGCUCCACUGUACUAUGCUGAUGUGUUAUGGACAGGAACUGCAUUUGAGAGAAUUCAAAUAGGAUUCUGCUGCUUUCUGUCCCUUAGACAACCUGCUAUGUGAUGACAUAACUGUAAUGCUGUGACUCAAAACUUUUGUUAACAUUUUACAAAUUGCUCAGUCAGUACUUUCAGUCUCCAUGUUGAUUUGGAAAUAAAUCCAU